UACAGAUUCCUAUGCGCAGUUACGGAUUUUGAUGAAUCAGCAAAAUAAAAGCGAAAGGAAAGUAAAGCGAAGUAAAGUAUAUGGAUUGCCACUAGACAGCAGGAACACGCAGAAUACAUCGAAGAAACAGGACGAGGAAUAAUUAAUGCUCCUUUUAUACGGUGUAGUAUUAAUGGACUUAAUCUGGCUAAAUUAGUUGGGUAUUGCAGACACAACAUGUCAUCGCUUUUGAAAGCUGUAAAUCUAGGAAAAACCGUGUUUUCAAGAAGCACGGUUUUGGAGAGUGGUCGUCCAUACUUAUCUUACUUCAAUUCGAGCAUAAAAAAGUUAUACAGUUCUCAACCACCUAAAGGCUUUGAAAAGUUUUUUCCUAAUGCAGCAAAGAAAACUGCACCAAAGCAACCAAGUUCAGGCAAACCAAAGAAUCCCACUGGAUCAGGUGGUGGAUCUGGAGGGAAAAAAGAUGGAAAAGAAUGGUGGCAAGAGUUCUUUGAAGCAAAUCAACAAAACAUUAUGUUAUUUUCCGGUGCUGCUCUUUUCGGUUCCUACCUAAUGAUGCGCUCCUCAAGUCCCAGUAAAGAAAUCAACUGGCAAGAAUUUAGGAUUGGUUACUUAGAAAAAGGAGAAGUUGACAGAGUUGUUAUUGCCAACAAAAGUACUGCUAGAAUAUAUUUAAAAGGAAACCCAACCCAGAGCAAUCUUUUCUUUACAAUUGGGAGUGUUGAAAAUUUCGAAAGAAGUCUUGAGCAAUCACAAAAUGAUUUGGGAAUAGAUCCUGCUCACUUUAUUCCUGUCACGUAUGUUAAAGAAGCUGAAUGGGCGAAAGAACUUUUAAAAUUGGCACCAACCCUCUUGAUUAUUGGCGUUUUGAUUUACUUCAGUAGAAGGCUAUCUGGUACUGGUUCAAAAGGACAAGGCGGGAUAUUUGGUGUUGGGCAAAGUACGGCAAAGUUUUACAACAAAGAGACGAGUAUCAAUACAAGAUUUAAGGAUGUUGCUGGUUGUGAGGAAGCCAAGGUUGAAAUCAUGGAAUUUGUUAAUUUUUUAAAGCAUCCAGAAAAAUAUGUGGAACUUGGUGCAAAGAUUCCAAAGGGUGCAAUACUAUCUGGACCACCUGGAACUGGUAAAACAUUGUUAGCUAAGGCAACAGCUGGCGAAGCACAAGUGCCUUUCCUGUCUGUGUCAGGUUCAGAGUUUUUAGAAAUGUUUGUUGGUGUUGGACCAGCUCGUGUGAGAGACAUGUUCGCACAAGCUCGUAAAAAUGCACCAUGUAUUAUAUUUAUUGAUGAAAUCGAUGCUGUUGGUCGUGCAAGAGGAAGGACUGGUGCAUUUGGUGGACAUGAUGAAAGGGAGAAUACUUUGAAUCAACUGCUUGUUGAAAUGGAUGGCUUUACAUCUUCAUCAAAUGUUGUUGUUUUGGCUGGCACCAAUCGACCCGAUGUUUUAGAUCCUGCAUUAAUGCGACCUGGAAGGUUUGAUAGACAGAUAUACAUACCGCCACCUGAUAUCAAGGGAAGAGUGUCGAUUUUUAAAGUGCAUUUGCGACCAAUUAAAACCGACUUGAACUUUGAUGAAGUAUCCAGAAAAUUAGCUGCUCUUACGCCAGGGUUUACAGGUGCUGAUAUAGCGAAUGUGUGUAACGAAGCUGCUUUAAUAGCUGCCAGGUAUUUAUCAGAAAAGGUUGACUUAAAGCAUUUCGAAGCUGCUAUUGAAAGAGUUAUCGGUGGUCUCGAAAAGAAAACCCAAGUGUUACAACCUGAAGAAAAAAAGACGGUCGCCUACCAUGAAGCUGGACACGCUGUGGCUGGUUGGUUCCUCGAAAAUGCAGAUCCACUGCUAAAGGUUUCUAUCAUUCCACGUGGAAAAGGGUUAGGGUAUGCUCAGUACCUUCCAAAAGAACAGUACUUGUAUUCGAAAGAACAGUUAUUUGAUCGGAUGUGUAUGACGAUGGGUGGUCGCGUGUCAGAAGAAAUCUUCUUUGGUAGAAUCACAACAGGUGCUCAAGACGACCUCAGUAAAAUCACGAAAAGCGCUUACGCACAGGUUGUAACUUACGGGAUGAACGAUAAAGUUGGAAACAUAUCUUUCGAGUUACCACGAGAAGGGGAGGCCACCCUCGAUAAGCCAUACAGUGAAGCUACUGCACAGAUGAUUGAUGAAGAAGUAAGAGAGUUAAUAGAUACAUCCUAUAAAACAACAACAGAAUUGCUGAUAAAACACAAAGAAGACGUUGAAAAAGUUGCUCGUCGAUUACUGGACAAAGAAGUUUUAAGCAGAGACGACAUGAUCGAUUUAUUAGGUCCAAGGCCUUUUAAUGAGAAAUCCACUUAUGAGGAAUUUGUUGCAGGGACUGGAAGCGAAGAAGAAGAUACAACAUUACCCGAAGGUUUAAAAGAACUUGAGAAAGAAAUGAAAGAACAGGACAAGGACGAUGAAGGGAAAACAAUUCCUACGUAGGAGAGCACUUUUACUAAUGUGUGUGUGUGUUGUGAAUUCAGUGAAGCGUAUUUUACACAAGUAUAACAGAGUUGAGUGUUUAUGGACAUGUAAUAUCGUGUGCCUAAGUUUGAACUUCAAAACGGUGAAUACUAUCCGCGCAUGCGUAUAGCAAGUGUUGUAUAAUGUUGAUCAAGCACAUUUUUUUAUAGAAAAACUAUAAUUUUAAAAAAGUGCGCAUGUGCGAAUGAGUGUAGUUGAAGUGAUUUUAUGUAAACGGCUGGCAUUUGUGUUUUUGUUGUUAUGUAGACCACUCAUAUGUGAAAAAUUUUAUAUGUAUAUAAAAAAUUUACUCACUCCA